AUGACAGCUGGAGACAGCAGACCCACGCGCAUCCUGUUUGUGAAUGGCCCAUCGCUGGGCCGGAGAGACUCCGAGUCCCGGAACACGCGCUCAUCAUUGAUCCGCCGCCUGAUCCAAGAGAAACGUACUAGAUACCGACAGGAGGAAGAAGCCAGGCGAGGGUUAUUGAUUGCUCAACGCCAGGCACGGUACUUAGCGGUGCGUUGGUGUGUCUGUGCUGGAACGGUCAAGGACCAGGCCCAAAGCCAGGGGAAGCGUCGCAGGCCUUCGGAGACUAUAAUCCCAGAGGCCGGAGCUAGCCUAGCGGUGCCACAGACGMAAAACAUUGAUGGAACUCUCUUCGGCAUGUGCCGCACGUGCGGAGGAUUGUGUGUGCCCAUUCCAAUGCAAAGCAGCAACGCACCGACCCUAUGUCUGAGUCCCGUCACUGGCAGGGCAGACCCCUUUUCUUCGGUGGAUCCAAACCUUGGGCCUGGAGUGGAGAGCUUACUCCAGCAUGCGGUUCUGGACAUCUGGCCGAAUUUCCGCCAUGCAGAUUACGCGGGGAGAUGCUACUACUCAUGGGUGUCCACGAAUAUGGAAAACAAACUGGUGAUCUACAGCACACUAUGGGCUGCUUCAUGUCAUCGCGACGUUCUGCGCAUCAGCUACGGAUCCAAUCCAGUGCUGGACGUCCAGGACCAGCUGUACUAUAAGGGGCGUGUCCUAAAGCUACUACACGGCCAUGUAGCAGACUUUACCAAAGAAGAAUGGCGAGAUGGAGUUAUUAUGGCGAUCUUAUACCUGGCUGUCAAUGAGGCUAAGAGACGUGACCUGAGCCGCGAUCCAAGCCCUUUCACACCACCAUUCAUGGACAUGCAGUCCCUGUCAUUCUAUGGCAGCCGGGACUACCACACGCUGCAUUGGAAUGUCAUUUGUAAUCUGCUGAGCCAGCUGGGUGGGAUCCAGUCCAUCAAGCUGUUUGCACUGGGCUGGUUGACAUCAAUUGCGGAUCUGAUGAAUGCGGCCCACUCUUUGACCAAACCGUGUUUCCCCAUGGUUGAUGUUGAAGGCAACGUGAUCGACUUUUCAACCCCUCUGCACGUCUUUCCCUUCCCAGACGAGUCGUCUAGGAAGAUGAAUCUUGGCUUUAAGUAUCUGCUGUCCACCCGACCACCAGUGAAAGAGGCCAUAGUAGAUGCCUUCCUCCUCCUCAGCGAAUACUCCACACUGGUACAAUGGUAUCAUAAUCAACUCCUCGAUCCGCCAAAUUGCGACCGCUUCGCCGAUAUUCGCAACCAAGUUCAUCAUAAAUUAUUCAGCUUGCCAGAUGAGCACGACCCCGUGGAAACCGUGCUUGAUAUGUGUGAGCUAUCCCCAGAUGACUUCUCUGUGUCUCUUGAGUUGUACCUUACCUCCCGGUUGGCUGCGCAUCUUUAUGCAACGCAUGUUACCUUCCCUGUCCCCCGAUCCUCCCUGCUCCGUGCGGCGAUCAUUCCGCACCUUGCCGGCAAGCUUGACCAACUGACAAAGAUGGGGUCCAAUGAGUUAGUGCUAUGGUGUGCUACCAUAGCGGCCAUAGCGGCGGAAGAGACACCAGAGUACCAUCAGCUAACUGGACAUGUUGAAGGCCUAUGUCGGGAGUUGAAGGUCACAUCUUAUGUAUGCUUUGUCGAGAUUUUGCAAUCCUUUGCUUGGGUGGAAAUCGCAUGCUCGGAGGGAUGUCGCCGACUGUGGGAGAAAUUAGCGUUCACCAGAGGCGGCCAGCGUCUGGAGAUACAGUGGGGGUUCAAAAGUAUUUGA